GAGGCGAGCGGAGGGCGAGGAGCGCGUGGCGGCGCUGGCGGCCGCUGAUUGGCCCGCGAGGAGCGCCGGUGGCGGAAGCGGGUUUUGAGGCGGCGCGACAGUCGCCGCGACGGGUUCGGAGAUGCGGGCGUCGAGCCGUUUCCCGCCGUCACUGCUGCCGCCCUUGUUCCUUCUCCUGUGCGCCUCGGGCCCGGGGAGAGGAGGCGACGUGGGCGCUGUCACUUGCGGCUCGGUGCUGAAGCUGCUGAAUACCCGGCACAACGUGCGGCUUCACUCUCACGAGGUCAAAUACGGAUCCGGAAGCGGUCAGCAGUCAGUCACUGGUGUUGAAUCUUCCGAUGAUGCUAACAGCUACUGGCGGAUUCGAGGCAAAAUUGAUGGGGCCUGCCAGCGAGGGGCACCAGUGAAGUGUGGGCAAGCAGUGCGGCUUACCCAUGUUAAUACAGGGAAAAAUUUACACACUCAUCAUUUCUCAUCACCACUCUCCAAUAACCAGGAAGUAAGCGCCUUUGGGGAUGAUGGUGAAGGAGAUGAUUUGGAUGUAUGGACAGUACAGUGCAGUGGACGUUACUGGGGCCGGGACGAUGCAGUGCGCUUCAAGCACAUAGGAACAGAUGCAUUCCUUUCGGUAACAGGUGAACAGUAUGGUCACCCAAUUCGAGGCCAGCGAGAGGUCCACGGCAUGCAUUCUCCUAAUCAACACAAUUACUGGAAGGCCAUGGAGGGUGUCUUCAUAAAGCCCAGCUUGGACUCCACAAAGCAUGAUGAACUCUGAAGGACCUUUACGUAGAAUCUGGUUCACUUCUGUAAAUAUUUUCUUGAAUUGUCAAUUUUUUGUACAGUUGAGGAGAAUGUUUUUCAUGUGUAACUUCCACUGAAGUUAGACUGAUGAGGAAUACAUUUGUUGUUUGACUUCUCUCCAUUUUCAUAGGUCACUUCCUUUUCCUAUCUUUCCUUUUGCUCCUUCCCUUUUCCCUUAAUUUAGAGAAAACAGGAGGCUGCAGUGUAAAAAACAAUCUAAUCCACCAAGGGGCAAUAAAACUCAAAUUUUGUAA